GCAACACCACAGUUCAAAGACAUUGGAAAUCAAGAAGAAGCAAUAAUUGUUAAAGAAGCAGAGAGUCCAGAAGACUUUAACAUGGGCUCUUCCUCUAGCAGCCAGUAUACGUUUUGUCAGCCAGAAACGGUAUUUUCAUCUCAGCCUAGUGAUGACGAAUCAAGCAGUGAUGAAACCAGCCAUCAGCCCAGUCCGACCUUUAGACGACGUCGUGCCAGAAAGAAGACUAUGUCUAGUUCAGAAUCUGAAGAAAGGCCACUUGCUGAACAAGAGCCUGAACCCCCUCAGGAGCUAUGUAAACGGCAGUUCAGUAGUGGUCUCAAUAAAUGUGUUAUACUUGCUUUGGUGAUUGCGAUCAGCAUGGGAUUUGGACAUUUCUAUGGCACAAUUCAGAUUCAGAAGCGUCAACAGUUAGUCAAAAAGAUACAUGAAGAUGAAUUGAAUGAUAUGAAGGAUUAUCUUUCCCAGUGUCAACAGGAACAAGAGUCGCUAAUAGAAUAUAAGUCAUUGAAGGAAAACCUUGCAAGGUGUUGGACCCAUACUGAAGCAGAGAAGAUGUCCUUUGAAACUCAGAAAAAGAACCUUGAUACAGAAAAUCAGUAUCUAAGAACAUCUCUGGAGAAGGAAGAAAAAGCUUUGUCUUCAUUACAGGAAGAGUUAAGGAAAUUAAGAGAACAGAUUAGGAUAUUAGAAGAUAAAGGGACAAGCACUGAAUUAAUUACAGAAAAUCAGAAACUUAAGCAGCAUUUGGAAGAAGAAAAGCUGAAAACACACAGUUUCCUUAAUCAAAGGGAGACUCUACUGGCAGAAGCAAAGAUGCUCAGGAAGGAACUAGAAAGAGAACGACUAAUAACCAUGGCCUUAAGGGUGGAACUCCAACAGCUAAGCUCCAGUCACUCAUAUGGCAGCCCAGACUCGCCCAGUGUAGUGACUGAGAAAAAGGAAAUAGAAAUGUUACGGGAAAGACUCGCCGAGCUGGAGCGCAAGCUCACCUUCGAGCAGCAGCGCUCUGAUUUGUGGGAAAGACUGUAUGUUGAAGCAAAAGAUCAAAAUGAGAAACAAGAAACUGAUGGAAAGAAGAAAGGGAACAGAGGAAACCACAGAGCUAAAAAAUCAAAGGAAACAUUUUUGGGUUCUGUUAAGGAAACAUUUGAUGCAAUGAAGAAUUCUACUAAGGAGUUUGUGAGGCAUCAUAAAGAAAAAAUUAAACAGGCUAAAGAAGCUGUAAAAGAAAAUCUGAAAAAAUUCUCAGAUUCAGUUAAAUCCACUUUCAGGCAUUUCAAAGAUACCACCAAGAAUAUCUUUGAUGAAAAAGGCAAUAAAAGAUUUGGUGCUACGAAAGAAGCCACAGCUAAAAAACCGACAACAGUUUAUAGUGAAUAUUUACAUCCACAGUAUAAGGCACGUACACAAAACCAGAAUAGUAGAGGCCCUACUAUGCAGAGAGAGGGAAGAAAAGAAAAGCCUCAUUUUGAAGAAUUUGGAAAAAAUACAAAUUCACAGAAAUGCAGUGCUGAGCAUGACUGUGGUGGAAAUUAUAAUUCUUUCAGAAAGGCUUGUUCUGGUGUAUUUGAACGUGCUCAACAGGAAUCUAUUAACCUUUUUAAUGUUAAAAUGUUGAAUCCUGUAAGGAUAGAUGAAUUUAGACAGUUAAUUGAAGGGUAUUUAUUAGAAAAACUGGAUAGUUUUCAUCACUGGAAAGAACUUGAUCACUUCAUCAAUAAGUUUUUCCUAAAUGGUGUCUUUAUACAUGAUCAGAAGCUCUUCACUGACUUUGUCAAUGAUGUUAAAGAUUAUCUUAAAGACAUGAAGGAAUAUCAAGUAGAUAAUGAUGGCGUAUUUGAGAAGUUGGAUGGAUAUAUAUAUAGACACUUCUUUGGUCACACCUUUUCCCCUCCAUAUGGACCCAGUCGACCAGAUAAAAAGCAACGUAUGGUAAAUAUUGAAAGCUCCAGGCAUCGAAAACAAGAGCAGAAGCACCCUCAGCCACAACCUUAUAAAAGGGAAGAGCCCGUUGAUUUGUGAAGAAUUUGCUGCCUUCUUAUGAACUUGCUGACUUGUUCUCUUGUGAAAUUUCUUGCACAUCUGAAUAUUGUGGAAGAAACAAUAAAACUACACCAUGAGGAAAA